UAAAAACUAAAAUGAACCGUCGAACCGGUCGGAAACAAAUUUGAAACGGCUAAAUGCCGAAUUCGAGGAUGAACUGGAGCGAACAGGGAAGUGUUUGCUGUUCGUGAAAGUUCAGUGUAUUUACAUUAUAAUAAAGGAGAAAAAACUUUAGUGUUAAAGGUGAUAGAGAAAAAAUUUUAUUUAAUCUAGUAAAGUAGAAACAUUUUGCCUAGAUUAAUCUCUUUCGAAGUCAAUCAGGUGACAAUAUCACUGAAUUGGAAUAAAGACGAAAUUUGAAAGUAAAUUGUGGCCGAAAUGCCACGUCGUAAACGCUCCAAUGCCGAUGAAAAGAGCAGCACAAAGCGAAAAAGUCCCUGGGUUUGUGCAGAGUGCCGAAAGAAAGAAAACAAGCCUGAGAACGGAGAUGACGGCGAAAGGGAACGCAUGCCUCCAGAAAAAAGGCCGAAAUUGGAAAUUGACAAAGUAACGCCGGAGCCUCCAGCAAAUACUGCGGAAAAAAGCGAGCCGGAGAGCCAACUCAAGUCGGAAAAAUCCGACAGCGAUAUCCCGAGGGAAAAGUUUUCAGAUGAGUUCAUCUCCAACCAGGAAAACUUAUCGACGCUGAAAGACAAAAGGAGAAAAGGCAAAUAAUUUUGGUUUGAUAUUCUAAAUUAAACACAGUUUUCAAAAACA